UCGUGUUCGUGUUGUGUUGUUGCUUUGGUGAAAGUGUGUGAAUUCAAAUCGUUGUAUCAGAGCAAAUCAAGGUCCGGGGCUCAUUAUAAAUAAGAGAAUAUCCGUAUUGUAACAUAACAGAAUAGUAUAGCAAAUAGCGAAAGAUGGAUGAUCUAAAGGGAUUCUUGCGGCAAGCCGGCCAGGAAUUUCUGAAUGCCGCUGGCGAUGCUGCUAUGGGUGCCGCCAAAGAGGUGGUUGGCUCUGUGAUAAACGAAAUAUUUAUCAAAAAGGAAGCCGACACCAAGCGAGUGCUGCCCAGCAUCAAGAACAUGCGAGUUUUGGGCGAAACGAGCUCGAAUCUGGGACCCUAUUCUGAGGUGCAGGACUAUGAGACCAUCUUGAACAGUUGCCUGUCCAGCGGUUCACUCUUUGAAGAUCCCAUCUUCCCGGCCAACAAUGAGUCACUUAUGUUCUCGCGUCGCCCAGAUCGUCACAUCGAGUGGCUGAGGCCCCAUGAAAUCGCCGACAAUCCGCAGUUUUUUGUAGAGGGAUUCUCGCGUUUCGAUGUGCAACAAGGCGAACUUGGAGAUUGCUGGCUCCUGGCAGCCACCGCCAACUUGACACAGGAAUCCAAUUUGUUCUUCCGCGUCGUGCCGCCCGAGCAGAGCUUCGAGGAGAACUAUGCUGGAAUAUUUCACUUCCGCUUCUGGCAGUACGGCAAAUGGGUGGAUGUGACUAUUGAUGAUCGUUUGCCAACGUCUCGCGGGGAGCUGGUGUACAUGCAUUCAACGGAGAAAAAUGAAUUCUGGAGUGCACUCUUGGAGAAGGCCUAUGCCAAACUUCAUGGUUCCUAUGAGGCUCUUAAGGGCGGCAGCACGUGUGAGGCCUUAGAGGACUUUACUGGCGGUGUCAGCGAGUGGUAUGACCUCAAGGAGGCGCCCGGUAAUCUCUUUGCCAUAUUACAAAAGGCAGCCGACCGAAACUCCAUGAUGGGCUGCUCGAUUGAGCCGGAUCCCAAUGUGCUUGAGGCAGAAACUCCUCAGGGGCUGAUUCGUGGACACGCAUACUCCAUUACAAAGGUGUGCUUUAUCGAUAUUGUGACACCGAAUCGGCAGGGCAAGAUACCAAUGAUACGCAUGCGCAACCCAUGGGGCAAUGAAGCCGAGUGGAAUGGCCCGUGGAGUGACAGCUCCGCCGAGUGGCGCUACAUCCCAGAAGACCAGAAGCAGGAGAUUGGUCUCACAUUCGAUAGAGAUGGCGAGUUCUGGAUGUCAUUCCAAGAUUUCCUGCACCAUUUCGACAGAGUGGAGAUUUGCAAUUUGUCUCCAGACUCUUUGACAGAGGACCAACAGAACAGUGGCAAGCGCAAGUGGGAGAUGUCCAUGUACGAGGGUGAAUGGACACCAGGCGUGACAGCUGGCGGCUGCCGUAACUUCCUGGACACUUUCUGGCACAAUCCCCAGUAUAUAAUUACGCUGGUGGAUCCCGAUGAGGAUGACGAGGAGGGACACUGCACAGUUAUUGUUGGACUAAUGCAGAAAAAUCGCAGAUCAAAGCGCAACAUGGGCAUGGAAUGUCUGACCAUUGGCUUUGCCAUUUACAACCUGAACGAACGCGAACUGGAGAACCGUCCGCAAGGCCUUAACUUCUUUCGGUACAAGUCGUCUGUGGGACGUUCUCCCCAUUUCAUUAAUACCCGUGAAGUUUGUGCUCGUUUCAAGUUGCCUCCUGGCCACUAUCUGAUUGUGCCUUCCACAUUUGAUCCGAACGAGGAAGGAGAGUUCAUCAUUCGUGUGUUCUCCGAAACCCAAAAUAACAUGGAAGAGAAUGAUGAUCAUGUGGGGUACGGUGGCAAGGCCGACACGAUAACACCGGGAUACCCAACACCCAAGCCACUGGAUCCGCAGAAGGAGAGCUUGAGACGUUUGUUUGACAGCAUCGCUGGCAAGGAUAUGGAAGUUGAUUGGAUGGAGCUAAAACGCAUACUGGAUCACUCGAUGAGAGAUGACUUGCCAAAGCCAGUUGUCUAUAAUCGUUUUACCGCCAACAAUGCAUUUGAGACGCAGGCAGCCGGCCCUGGGGAAGAUGACGGCGGCGCCUGUGGACUUUUGUCGUUGAUUUGUGGCCCGUUUUUAAAGGGAACACCCUUCGAGGAUCAGCUGGGCGCGAGUGAUCCGUCGAGUAAGAGGCUAAUGGGUGAUAACCCAUCGGAUGGUGCUGCUGUAACCUCAGGAGCAGUAAUUGUCGAUGAGACUCAUGGCUUUUCCAAGGAUGUUUGUCGCUCGAUGGUGGCCAUGUUGGAUGCUGAUAAAUCUGGCAAAUUAGGAUUCGAAGAGUUCGAGACUCUGCUGUCGGACAUUGCCAAAUGGAAGGCCAUCUUUAAGGUCUACGACGUGGAAAACACUGGCAGGGUGUCAGGCUUUCAGCUUCGUGAAGCACUCAACUCUGCUGGCUAUCAUUUGAACAAUCGCGUGCUGAACGUUUUGGGUCAUCGAUAUGGCUCCAGAGACGGACAAAUUGCGUUUGAUGAUUUUAUUAUGUGUGCAGUGAAAAUAAAAACUUAUAUUGAAAUAUUCAAAGAGCGGGAUACGGAGAAAAAUGAAACAGCCACGUUUACGCUUGAGGAAUGGAUUGAACGAACAAUUUACUCUUAAGCCACUCACCUGUAAUCUCAUUCUGUUUGAAAUUCGUCUUCAUAUUGUUGCAAUACUUGGCAUUAUAUGUAUACAUAGUACAAAGCACUUUUCAUACCAAUAAUAUGCUGCCGCCCGAAAUUGCAUAAAAUUGUUCAGCUGUUAAAUAUCAAUUGACAAAUCCCAGAGAUAUGUAUAUAAAUGUUUAUGUCUUUCCGAAUUAUAAAUUAGGUGUAUAAAUAUAUUGACACGGUGUUAACUUAUUAAAUUAAACAAAUGUGAUGCAUCAUCCAUCUUAA